AUGUUUGAUGCACUUCUGCGCAUCAUAAAACCGGAUCCCGAUAAGUUCAACGUCUUGAACCACGGUGACCUGUGGUGCAACAAUAUGAUGUUCCAGUACAAUGGCGAUGAGAAGAUAAACGAAAUCAUGCUCGUCGACUUCCAAAUGUGCAUGUGGACCUCACCGGUGAUUGAUCUUAACUACUUCCUAUUCUCGUCGGUUCGCGGAGACUUGAGGAUGCACGAGAUGAACAAUUUGAUUUGCUACUACUACCAGCACUUGACCGAAAACUUGACCCUACUCGGCUACGGCGGCAUGCGACCUUCGCUGAAAGAUCUUCACGUGGACUUUAUUGAACGGCAAUUGUACGGAUUUGCAACAACCUUCUCGCUGCUACCGAUUUGUUUGAUGGAGAAGACGGACGAUGCCUCGAUCGAUUUAAUGCUCGAUCAAGGAGAAGCCGGUAACGAGUUUAAACGAAAGAUGUACAACGGUGCCGCCUAUGUUGAACAGAUGGGAUCGCUUCUGGAGUAUUUCUACGACAUGGGAGCUUUCGACAUCAAUGGUCUGGGCGUCCAGCGUGCGUUGGGCGUUGAUUGCGACGAUUCGCUUGACUUACCGAUGUGGCUCGAUCGAAAGUUCUUCGAGGACGUGAUCAGCCGUAAGCUUGGAGAAGCUCCUGCCAACGAGCGGAUCAUCAGAAGCGUUCAUGUUGAACUUGCCACUAAAAAGGGCGAUAACUACGCAUCCGUACUGUAUCGAGCCAAGAUCGACGUACAGAAUCAACGAACGGGCAGUGUUGAGAGUUUUUCGACGAUAGUCAAAGCACCUCCGAAGGAGCCUGCGGAAAAAAUCUCAUACUUGGAGACUUCGGUACGCGAAACCCAGAUGUACACCGAUUAUAUACCGGCGUUCGAAAAGAUGUACCGUGACAAGGGAGUCGAGGUUCAGUUUGCCCCAAGUUGUCUCAAGUCGUGCCGAGGUAUUCCUGAGGAUCUGCUAGUGUUGGACGACCUAACAUAUAGUGACAAUCGUAUGGCGGAUCGUCGAGCUGGCUUGGACCUGAAGCACACGGAAUUGGCACUGGGUUUGCUGGCGAAAUUCCAUGCAGCCUCCGCGGUAUACGUGGAUCGUGGUCACACCUUGACGGAAGAGUUUCUUGGGCCAAAACCGGUCGAAGGGUUCAGAAAAAUGUGCAAAGAUAUAUUUCAACCGAUUCUGGACGAUCUAAUACAGGACAUGGCGAAUUGGGAUCUCGAGCCGGAUUACUAUGCCGACUUGCAAAAACUGGCACGGCAUAUGUUGGACGAACUGGCACCAAUGAUGGCUCCUCGCAAUGAUCAGUUUAAUGUGCUGAUUCACGGCGAUCUGUGGACCAAUAACAUGCUUUUCAAAUACGGUACUAACUCCAGUAUUCCAUCAGUAGCCACUUUGCUAGACUUUCAAGUAUGCUGCUGGGCAUCUCCGUUGGUCGAUUUGCACAAUUUCCUUUUUUCGUCUGUCUGUGCCGAAUUGAUGUUGACCAAGCUGAAUUAUUUCCUUCGCUUCUACCAGGAACAUUUGGCCGAGAGUCUUGUGUUGUUGGGUUACACUAAGCGUCUCCCAACGCUACAGCAACUUCACGCGGAUUUCACCGACCAUCUUCUGUACGGUUUCUUCAGUGCAAUGCUGAUGUUGCCGUUUGUGUUAGUUCCAGAUACGGAAGACGCGUCGCUAGGUACAAUGCUAGAACCAGGCACCGAUUCUUGGCAACGGUUCCUGAAGAAGAUGUUUCGUAAUGACCAGUUAAGAACACAUCUAAAAAUGCUAAUCCCAUACUUCCGUGUACGCGGCAUUCCAUGUCAGGCGAAAUGAUUUGUCACAAGUAUUAUCCUGAAGGAAAGCCAAAUAAAAAUUUGCCAUUUAUUUUUCCAAACGUGGGUUCAUGUAGAGGAUGUAUCUGUGAUUGAACUGUCGGAUGUAAUCCAAACAUGCCACAGUGAGGAAUAUCGUUAUCUUUAAAGUAUGAUUGUUUAGGCUGGCCUGAUGGAAAUGACUACCGGAACCCGUAUCGCAAAAUUGACUCUGUCAGCUAUUGGUGACAUCAAGCCAGACCCGUGCCAAUGAACUAGCAUCGGGCGCACGCUCCAUAAAUG